AUGAAGCAACUGUAUCUUCUAUUCCUUCUUGUAACUUCUGCGGUCAGUUACAAGAUUCUCUGCAUCCACAUGGUUCCGUCGAAGAGUCACUUUCACUUGGUCAAUGGUGUGGUUCAACCGCUGCUCAAAGCCGGACAUCAGAUCCUAUUUGCGACACCAUACCCGGAGGCUGUGAAGAAACAUGAUAACAUCACUGUAUUUGAUUUGAGCAGUCACAAUGAAUUCUUAAAAAAUAUCGACAUGUCAGAUCCAGAUGUCAAUAUCGGCAAUGUUAUAAGUUUAGCCAGAGAUUUGACACUUGCCACAAUAAAAAAACCGGUGAUACAAGAGGUGCUGGUCAAAGACCAGUUGGAUGCUGUCGUGACUGAAUGGUUUUUUACAGAUAUUGACGCAGGCUACGCAGCGAUCCAACAAGUUCCAUGGAUAGUCCUUAGUGGAAAUGUCAUGAGUUACCAUGUAGAACAACUCGUUGAUGCUGUGAGGUCACUCCCGAUUAUACCAAGUAUACACACAGACUAUCCCAUGCCCAUGUCAUUUUGGCAUCGCUUGUGGAGCACCAUAUCAUAUGCCAUGAUGAUGAUUUAUGAGUGGAAGUCAUACCAAGUGUUCAAGUCGGAUUACGAAGAGAACUUUGGCCCCCUAGCGGCAGCCAGAGGAAUUCCAUUGCCGCCAUUCGGGGAAAUUCACAGAAAUGUAUCAAUCCUGCUCUCGGACAGCCAUCCCUCUUUCUCACCAGCUAGAAGUAUACCGCCGAAUGUCGUAGAAAUAGCUGGAUAUCACAUUGAUGCUAACAUACCCGAACUGCCGAAGGUAACGAAGUCAUACCAAGUGUUCAAGUCGGAUUACGAAGAGAACUUUGGCCCCCUAGCGGCAGCCAGAGGAAUUCCAUUGCCGCCAUUCGGGGAAAUUCACAGAAAUGUAUCAAUCCUGCUCUCGGACAGCCAUCCCUCUUUCUCACCAGCUAGAAGUAUACCGCCGAAUGUCGUAGAAAUAGCUGGAUAUCACAUUGAUGCUAACAUACCCGAACUGCCGAAGGUAACGUAUUAA